AUGAACGAGAAAAAGAAUACAAUUUUGAAGGGUAAGGGAUAUAUAUUGAAAGGUGCAAAUAAAGAAUUUAUUGAAGAUAAAAAGAAAAGAGAUUCAUUUAUAGAUAAAAAGAAAAAGAAUAUUUUUAGUAGAUUUAAUCCUUUAGCAUUACCUUUAUUAGGUAAGAAUAAAUUAUAUGAAGAAGAUGACAAAUGUGAUAUGAAAAAAAGAAGAAGCAAUGAGAAAUCCAAAGAAGGAAAUAUUAAUAUUAAUGUUUUAAAUGAAAAUGAAUUUAAUAGUUAUUUACUAAGAAAUAAAGCCUUUCGAUUAACAUGGACUAGUAUUAUAGAAAAAAUAAAACAUGAAAUAGAUAUAGAAAUAUAUAAAAAUUUAAAUAAUGUAUUUGAAGAAAUAUAUCUAUAUUCUAUAUCAAAUAAUGAAUACCUACCUUUAAUUUUAAUAACCGCUGGUACAAAUGUUGCUGACCAUGAAAUUAUUAUUGAUGCUUUGUCAUAUGAAUUAAAAAUAUGGAAUAAUCACAAUAAUAAUAAUAAUAAUAAAAAAAAAGAAGAAAAAUAUUAUAUGAACAAGUCAGGCAAUUUGUUUGAUUAUGUACAUGGAGAAGGAAAGGAUUAUAUAUAUGAAAAAAUAAAACGAGAUAUGAAUAAGAAAGAUAAUAUGAAUGAUAAAAUAAAUAUAAAUCAAAGUGACCAUUUGUAUGAUAAGAUAUAUAAAAAUAAAGGAAACUUCAUUUUUACAUCGAAUCAAGAAUGUGUAGAUAACUUUAUGAAUCCAACACAUGAUGAUAAUAAAAUAAAAGAGAAAGAUAAAAAAAAGAAGAAGAAAAGAAGAAAAAAACAAAGAACAUUCAACGGUAAUAUUUAUACAAACGAUGGUAGUACAUUUAAUAGUAAUGACAAUAAUGAUAUUAAAAAUGAAAAUAAUUAUGAUUAUAAUGAUAAAUAUAAUGAUAAAUAUAAUGAUGAAUAUAAUGAUGAUAAUGAUGAUGUGUAUGUGUGUUCUCUUAAUUCGAACACGUCCAAUAAUAUAAAUUCUGCUGUAUAUAAUAUUUAUACACAAUUAUAUAGAGAUUAUAAAAUGCGAUAUUUUUUAAAAAAAUAUAAAAAGAAAAGUGUCCAUAAUAAUAAUAUGAAUAAUCCUUAUGUUUCAAGUGAUAGAAGAAAAAGAACUCGUAAUUAUAGUAACAGUAGUAAUUCUAAUAAUUUAAAUAUGGAUGAACAAGAUGAUGAUUAUAAUAUUAGUAAUAAUAAUUCUUUUGUUCGUUUAAAGUUUUUAAACAAAGAAUUUAAGGAAGACAACAAAUUGAUACAUAAUAAAAAUAUGGUCAAUAUAGAUAGAUUGAUAGAUUUAUAUAAAAAAAUGAGUGAAUUGAAUAAAAAAAAUAUAUCAGAAGAGGAAGUUGAAGGAUAUGUAAAUAAAUAUAACACGGAUAAUAUAAUAUAUAAUAUGGAACAAAUGAAUAAUAAUAUUAUGGAUUCAAAAGGAGUUAUGUUUGCAUCGUCAGAGGGUAUAUAUAAGAAGAACAAAGGAUCAGAUAUAAAUAUAAAAGAUAUAAAAAAUGUGAAUAAUAUGAAUGGUGUGAAUAAUAUGAAUGAUUGUAAUAAUUCUUUUAUAAAACACUAUGGACGUUUAGAAUUAUAUAAUAAACAAAAUAAUUAUUUUUAUGAUGGUCGAAAAAAAGUUCGUAUUAUUAUAUUAAUACACGAUUGUGAAUAUUUUAAUAUAAAUAUAUUAAAUGGUAUAUUAAAUAUAUUAAUAAAUUUACGUAUAGAUAAUAAAAUAUGUUUAAGUGUUAUAUUAGGUGUAUCAACACCAUCUUUUUUUUUUAAUAGAAUUACAACACCUGAUACGCAAAGUAAAUUAAGAAUAAAAACUGUAGAUAUAUUAAAUAAUAAAUUAAUGUGUGAUAGAAUAUGUAAUAUUUUAUUGUUUGAGAAUUUAUUACCAUUUAUAUUAAAUUUUAAAACUGUACAUGCAAUUAAAUUAUUAUUACAUAAAAACAAUCAAUCUAUAAGUCAUUUAAUACAUAUAUUAUAUAUAUUGACUAAAGAAUUUUAUGAUAAUAAUAUUUUGUCUUUCUUAUGUAUACCAAUGAAUUAUUAUUUAAAUAUAUAUACAGAUGAUGAAGAGAAAGAAAAAAUGGAUUCAAAUGAUUAUUCUCCUUAUACUUAUAUUCGUUCAUACCAAGCAAAUCUUUCAAAUUUUUUUAAGUAUGAUAUAAGAAAAGUACAUCAGAAAAUAAUAUCAUUAUGUUAUUCAUCGAAUUUGUAUUAUCGUCAUUUGUCUUAUAUAAAAAAAAAAUAUUCAACUAUAUUAAUAAAAAAUUAUUUUCAAUUGCAUGGGCAAGAUUCUGUGAUACAAACGCCUCGUAAUUCGGAUGAUGAACCUGAGUUUUUUAAUUUAAAGACGAAGAAACUAGAUCAUAAGAAAGAAAAAAAACAUAUUCAAAGGGUAGACAUAGAAUCUGAAUCUAUAAAUAAUGAUAUCAUAAAUGAUAAUGAAAAAAAAAAUCAUUUCGAUAGAGCUCGUUAUGCUUGGGAAUUCAAGACAAAGACAAUUAAUUGGUGGUAUGAUCAUCCAUUUAAAGAUUUAAUAUAUUUAUAUGAAAAUGAAACAAUCAAAAAUAAUAAAAAAGAAGAAAUAAUAGAUAAAUUAUUAAAUGAAGAUGAUUAUAAUAAUAAAAAAGAGGUAAUAAAUAAUAUUGAUAAUAAUAUAAAUGGUAAUAAUAAUUUAUAUGAUAUUGAAAAUGUUAAAGAAAUAAAUAAAACAUUAUGUAGUUUUUCUUUACCUUUAAAUGUUUUACAACUACUUGAAAGAAAAUAUGCAUAUAAUAUAGCAAUAAAUCUAAUUAAUAUUAUUAUAAAAACAAAAUCUGAAUAUACUACAUCUAUAAAACGAAGUGAAUAUUUUAGAAAUUUAUUUGAGAAUUAUGAAAAAAUAAAAUGGAAUGAAAAUAAAAAUAUAUUAUAUAUAGAACAAUUAUAUAAUAUUGUUGAAUAUGAUAUAAAGAAAUGUAUAAACUUUUUAAUUGAUAUGAUGACUCCUUAUUAUUUUAAAAACCAUCAGGUCUUAUUAAAUGUAUUUAAAGAAUUUAAAGAAUAUUAUACAAAUAUAUAUCCUAUUGUUUAUAAUUUAGAAGAUUAUAUAUAUUUAUUAAAAGAAAAAGAAUAUAAAAAAAAUCAGGAAUUAUAUAUAAAUGAUGAUUUCUCAAAGACAUAUACUUAUUCGUUUUCAUAUUCUAUAUAUUUUUCUCUCCUUUCACGUCUAGAUGAUAUGUUAGAAAUGCUUAGAAAUGUAAUUCAAAUGGAAGAACAGAAGAAGAAUCAAGCAAAUAAAUGUCCACCAUUUGAUGGAAAUAAGUUUAAUAUGAAGGAGAAUAUUUCUUUUAAUAAUUCAAUUAGAAAAAGAGAAGAAUAUGUAGAUGAUUCGUAUUGUGUAUCAAGCAUGGGUGAAUAUAAGGAAGAAAAUGAAAUGAACAAAAAUAAUCAUAAUAAUAAUCAUAAUAGUAAUAAUCAUAAUAGUAAUAAUAAUAAUCAUAAUAGUAAUAAUCAUAAUAAUUGUAAUGAUGUAGAAAUAAAUGGACAUCAUAAUCCACCUGUUAAUUAUAAUAAUUUAGAUAAUGACUCAGAUGAUAUAUUUAAUAGUAAUGCAACAAAAUAUUAUCCUUCCAAUAAUAUAAAUAUAGAAGAUAUUGAUAAUAAGAAAAAAAGAUUUAAAAGAUAUUUAACUAUAGAUAAUAAAAGCUUGAAAAAAAAAAAAAAUUAUGAACACAAUAAUAUAAAUGCAGAAGAUAUAUCUAAUUGUAUAAAUUUAUUUAUACAUGAUUAUAUAUAUUUAUUACUUCUACCUCCUAUAUCUUAUCAUCCACUAGCAUAUGAAUUAAUUUUAUAUAAACCUGAUAAAGAUUUUACAAACAUUAUGACUAGAGAUAUAAAAAAAGAAUUAUUAACAACCUUAUGUUAUACUAAUCCAUAUAAGACAGGAAAUUUAAUGUGUUCUUCAUGUUGUCUUUUUAAAGAUAAUCCUUAUAAUAAUAACCCUGAAAAUAAUAUUAUUAAUAAUAAUAAAAUAUAUCUCAAUCCUACAUAUGAUAAUAUAUCUACAUUAGAAGAUAUGGUUAAUCUAUAUAGACUCUAUGAGAAGUGUAAUAAGACUAUUGAUCUUUAUAAUCUUUUUAUAUUAUAUUUAAAUCUUAAGGUUAAUAAAUAUUCGUCCAUUUGUAUAAAUGACAAGAAUAAAAAUACCACCAUAAAAAAUAACAAUAAUAAUAAUAUUAAUCGUCAAUGUAAGGAUGAGCAAGAUGUAAAAUCUUCUCAUUCAAACAGAAUGAAAUAUAAACAAACAGAUAAUUUAGCUACAGACAUAUUACAAGAAUAUUAUUUAAAAUUUAUUAUUACAAUUAAUACUUUUUGCUCAUUUCUAAAAAUAUUAAAACCUCCAAAUGUUUCAGCUCUAUUAAAUUAUAAUGAAAAAAAUGGAAAUAAUGAUGAUUAUUAUGAAGACGAUGAAUAUUAUAAUAAUGACAAUAAUACAAAUCAUACUAGAAAAGGAAACAAAAACAAAAACAAAAACAAUGACAACUAUAAUACAUCACAAGAUUCAAUCAUACAAUUUUUAAAAGAAAUCAAAAAAUCAUUACAAGGAUGUACUAGUAAAAAAUUAUUAUUUGGAAAAUUAUAUUACAAUCAUAUUAUAGCUUCAAGAGAAUAUUAUUUACAAAACUUUAUAGAAAAUAAUAAUGAAGAAUUAAAAAAUAAAUAA